CGAGAUUAAUUUCCAUGAUUGACCCUUUUUGUCGCCCCAUGCGCUGAUACCAGCCGGUGAAGUCCGAGUUAAUAUUCUGUAACUGUUUUAUCGCAUGACCGCCACAACUUUUUCUUGGAGAUUUUCGCUCUCUCGUAUUAUCGCAUGAUUUAAACAAAUGAUAAUUUUAGAGAUACACAUAGAAAUACACCCAUUCGGUGCCUCUGCUCCUUCGCUGCCAGAGAUAUAGUGAACCCCUAGAAAAAUGAACCAAUCACAUUCGUUUGCGCUAAGCCCUAGCAGUUUACCUUAUCCAGCGCCAAAUUCUUGUCAUUUUCAGUUUGCCCGUCGUGGGACAAAUAUGGAGUUAGAUAAUGAUGAUUUUGUUUUAUCGCAGGCUUUGGACUUGUUUGAAAUGAGCACUACGUUUAAUAGUGAAAACGUUACACAGGAUGAUUUGUUACUUUCACAGACAUUAAGUGAAAUUGAGCGUAGUAGUGUUUUUAAUGACAUAGGCCUACUGACAAGUAGUCAAAUGGAUACUUUUGAAAAUGAUGUACAACCGAACUAUUUCGGCAACUUCCAAUUGAUUGACUUUGACCAGGAUUUUAAGCAGGAAGAGAAACCCUUCAUUAAUGAAAAAAGAGAACGUUUUGGAGAAAGCGUGUCCGACUCUGACCUUGAUGCGCUGGUUCAAGGUCAAAGGUCAAAGAACACGGACCGUAACACGCAAUGGGCUUACAAUACACUUGAGGCGUGGAGAAAAACGAAGCCUGGAAUACCAGUGUUGGACGAAAUGGACAUUUAUAUCCAUUUGUCGAGAUUUGUCGUCGAGGUCAGGAAGCAGAAUGGCGAGUACUUUCCACCCGAGUCCCUCUACCAUUUAGUAUGUGGCCUUCUUAGAAAGCUGCGAGAUUGUGGAAUAUCUGGCAUAAACUUUUUGGACGAGAAGAAUCCUGAUUAUGCAAGGUUUAGGAGUGUACUUGAUGCACAGAUGAAAUUUCUAACGAAAGAAGGCGUCGUCGGCAAAAGACGGGAAGCUCAGCCCAUUUUAGAAGACGAAGAAAAAGUUAUUUGGGAAAAGGGUGUAUUUGGUAAUAAAAACGCUCUUUCUUUACAGCACACUGUUUUCUUCUAUAACUGUAAACUCUUCGGUUUAAGGGGAUAUGACGAACACAGGAAUUUGGAAACUGAUCAGUUUGAAAUAGGCUCAGAUUCUAAUGAAAAGUUUAUAGUUUAUACAGGAAAGAACUCUAAAACGUAUAACGGUGGCCUGAAACACCGCCGUAUUGAACCUAAAGUGAUAAAACACUACAACAAUCGGCAAAACAUAGUGGAUUACUAUGACCAGUAUUUGAAAUCCGUUGGAGAUGGAGCGUUUUAUAAGAGACCAAUUCAUUCCCGGAAGCCAGGAGAAGUGCGUUUUUCAAAUCAAGUAGUAGGCGUGAAUAAACUAAAAGGUUUUAUGAAAGAAAUAUGUCAGCUCGCGGGACUUGAAGGUGUUUACACUAAUCACUCUGGAAAAAAGACUUGCGCAACAAGUCUUUAUCAGAAGGAUGUACCCGAACAAGAAAUCAUGAAACGAACAGGCCAUCGAUCCGUGGCCGGUGUCCGACGUUAUAAUAAACCCAGUAAUGAAAUGUUGGUAGACAUUUCCAAUAAAUUAAAUCCGCCAGAAUGGAAAUCAACGGAACAGGUCAAAAGCGAAACGUUGAAUAAACCAUCAACAGAAACGCUUCUACAUGACGCAACUCACGCAAGUGGUGACGAAUCCAAAAACAACCAAUCUACCGCUUUGAAACCCGGAAAUUUGUUCGGGGGAGGACAACAUGUUUAUAAUAACUGUAUUUUUAAGUUUUGAAGAAGCAGAAAAAAAGAUAGACAUGAUUUGUAAAUUUGAUAAAUAAAAAUUAGUUCUUUCAAUGUUUUCGGUUUUGUUUUGCUCUUUUUCAGGUAUGCUCACUUAAUUAUUUGAAAUAAAAUAAUAAACUGGGCAUGCGCGAGAAAGUGUACUGAUACCUCAUUUAGAGCACCCCAAAACGUACUGAUACCUCAUUUAGAGCACCCCAAACCUUUCCAAUACUGAAAUUUAGAGAACGCCGAUCUUCAAAGGAAAGUUGUGGCGGUCAUGC